CCGAGUUUCGUUUCUCGCUCUUUGCCUCGUAAUAAACGGCGCUCGUGCAUUCUGCUCAUACCACACUGCACUGUGAGCGACAUGGCGAGGAGAGCUUUAUCACGUCUAGCACAAUGGUGUUCCCGAGUAUAUAUGGUGGAGCUCAGCCAGAAGACCGAGCCGAUUUAUUUCGCUUUGAGCUCGAAGCCGAGUGCUCGGAGCGCCGGGCUGGAGGCGCUCUUCGGCAGCGGGAGGCUCUUCUCUCUGUGCGCGCCCAGCGAGGACAGAGUUCAGAGCGCGCGCUCUCACGCGCACCUAAAAAGCGCUCUUGCAGAAGCCUUGCCGCCGGGAUGCGACCUGUUAGACACGGCGUCAUUCCUCCCCGACGUCCAAAACUCGCUCGUAAGGGGCUUCUUCCUGCGGGAUAACUCCGAACCGUCAGCUGCGGCGCGAGUUGUGGCCCAGCUCCAGCAGAAAGGGUCACUGUGCGUGUUCACCUACACGCGCGAUACAAACGGAGAGUACAUAUGCUCAGCUGUGACUGACGAGCCCGAGCGGAGGUAUUACGUCACACCUGCUCCCGCGCCACAGCAUCAUCCCUCAACACUGAACAUCAUAAACUCAGACGUGUUCUAUAACAUGGAAGCGGCGUACAAAGUGCUUGAAGAGUGUAGUGACGUCAUACCAGAAUCCAAAGCAGUGUUAGAGACGGUGGAGAAGCAGCUGGAUCUGGAGUCAAACAGCAAUCAUGAUAAAAGGUUUCCAGUCAUCGUGGUAGAGGGACUGGAUGCUACAGGUAAAACGACUCUGACCUGCAGCCUGCAGAAGGCCUUGGGUGCAGUCCUUCUAAAAUCUCCUCCUCAGUGCCUAGCCCACUUCAGACAAUGCUUUGAUGCAGAGCCACCACUCAUUCGCAGGGCAUUCUAUGCCCUUGGGAACUACAUUACUGCAGCACAGAUAGCCAGAGAGUCAUCACAUGCUCCUGUGAUUAUAGACAGGUAUUGGCACAGCACUGCAGCGUAUGCAAUAGCCACUGCAGUGAACGGGCGAGAGGAGAACCUCCCAGCUGUUGGCUCACAGAUAUAUGAGUGGCCCUCUGACCUGCACAGGCCCGGCCUGGUCCUGCUGCUCAGCGUCAGCCCUGAGGAGAGGCUGCGCAGACUCUCAAACAGAGGCUUGGAAAAGACAGAGGAGGAAAGCCAGCUGGAGAUCAAUCACCUGUUCCGUUGCAAAGUGGAUGAAGCCUACAGGAGAAUCCAGAACCCUGCCUGUGUUGUUGUGGAUGCCAGUCCCAGCCCAGAUUUUGUACUUCAACAAGUGCUGUCUUUAAUUAGAAACAAAUACAACUUGUAAGCUCCAGGCUACUGGUGUGUUUUAUGGACACUGCAAUACACAAUCUCUCCACUAGAUGGUAGUAUAAUCAUUGUAUAGUAGUAGUAUUAAUAAACAAACAGAUCCCAGGUCUUAGACUGAAUUGCCCACAAAGGGAGGUUGAUGGCUAAUAGCCAGCAGGCAUCAAAAUCUUGUAUCCUGACAUGUCACAACCUGUUCACUUCCCAUGGAGUAACACUGAUGACACGAGAGAGAAAGUUAUUAUGAAUGCUGGGACAAGAUGUCAACUCCCAUAUACAGGGUUAUAGCCUUGCGUGUUCCAUACGCUCUGUGUUAUGUUUUUUUCCCGCACACUUGAGCGUAGGAACUGAACUGAAGGGCUCAGUGAAUUCAUCAAUCACUUCAAUUAGAUUUCUGCACAAGGGCCCAUUGUUGGUCAGCUCAGCAUUAACUCCUCUGAGGUCUCCGACAGCACGCCACAUUAAGAGCUAUCAGGGCCUCGAGUGCCAGGAAAUUCCACCGGUUGUAGGUGUUUCGAAGAGCAAUCCUGUAGAAAAGUUUUAUUUUCCCCCAGUCGUUCAGUGUGGGAUAUACUUUCCACUCAGCUUUUAAAAGCAUUAUGUGAUUUUGAGGUCACUGUCCAGUUGCAUUAUAUAUAAUAUGCGCUUUCUAAAAUGUUUAGAUUAAGUUAUAUAUUUACUGCUUCAUUUAUAAUUUUUGGAAGAUUUCUCAUUAUGGAAAUUAUGUAUACAUUAUUAUCUACAGUAAAAGUGCACAUAAUGAAUACCAAAGCUCUUUCAACAAGUUUAGCAUGCUUAGUUGGAUGAAAUAUUUAUAAUUUGAUUUCUUUCUUUGCAUAUUUUAUUAUUUGUUUAUUUAAAAUGCAAUGCAGCUAAAACAUUAAAUUAUUACUGCGAGUACAAUCUGAUAUCUGUAAAGAAAGUGAAGAAUUCCAAUAAAGUAUAAUGUAAACUUUGAAGACUUUCUUACUGCAAUAAAACAUUAAAAGAU